AUGGUGGGGAGAGAUCGACGAGUAGUAUCACUAUGGGGAGACGACUGUGAUGCUGUGCGCCGUGAUAAGAAAGUGGGGCAUUUAAAAGCUAGAGAACCUAUAUCUGUAAAAAAACAAGUUGCUGUAGGUUUAUAUAAAAUUGCUAGUUGUUCUGAAUACAGAGUUGUUGAGAAUGUAUUUGGAAUACAUAAGUCAACAGUAAAGAAGUGCAUGUACAGAGUUGUAAACGCAGUUAAUGAAGUUAUGACUCUUGCUUAUAUUAAUAUGCCACACCAAGAUGAAGCUAAAUAUAUUGCAAUGCAAUUUGAAAAUGUAUCUCAUAUCCCUCAAAUAAUUAGUUGUAUCGAUGGUACACAUUUACCUAUUACAGUACCAGAAGAAAGUUAUAGAGAUUUUGUCAAUAGAAAAGGAUGGGCAUCUUACAAUGUUCAAGCAAUAGUUGAUCAUAAUGGAAGGUUUUGUAAUGUUUUCGCCAAUCAUCCUGGUAGUGUUCAUGAUGCCGUGGUUUUCAAAGUGGAGAAAGAGAUAAACGGACAAAAAAUACCUUUCAUGAUAGUUGGAGAUCCGGCUUAUCCAUUUCUGCCAUGGUUAAUAAAGAGUUAUUCUGGUUCAGUUUCACAUGAAGAAGAAUCAUUUAACGUUUAUCUAAACUCCGCAAGAGUUUUUGUAGAAAUGGCAUUUGGAAGACUAAAAGCCAGAUGGAGGAUGUUACAAAAAAAAAUUGAUUGCCACUAUAAAUUUGUACCUCAAGUUAUAGUUGCAUGUUGUGUGUUGCACAACUUUUGUGAGGACAAUAAAGACAGAUUUCUUGAAGAAUGGUUGCAACAGAUUGAGUUAAAUGAAUUGACAAAUGUGAUACUCUCGGGUCCGCAGACCUCCAAACUGGGACCGGACUCAGCGGGAGACGAACAAUUCAGCCAAAAGGAUUGCAGGUGCGAUGGAGAAUGGUCGCCAGAUCCCAAAUAUGCCGGUUUUCACUAUGGCCCUUUCCCGACCGAGACUUGUGCUCCGCACGAAUUUAAAGGCCGCGGAUCCGAUAGUCGCAGAACUCGGGCAUGCAAGAUGCCACGGAACUGCGAUUCGGACAAAGAAUGA